AUGCCGUCCAGUUUUCGUGUGCGUGCCGCGCUGUCUCGUCAGGCGCUCCCCUUUGAGGGAAGUGUGCAGCCUGCUCUAUCUCAACGCCCCACUGAUCCUCGACACGACCACUCCCGCACCUCUCAACUCUUGUUUGAGGCGCCUGUGCUUCUGCCCCUCACUGAAGACCAGCGGAAGCUCAUUGAGCAGCUCAACUUCUUUAAGAAAUGGUACCUUUUCUGCCAUUUUGUCUACAUCUGCGCUUUGGUUAUGAUUGGGUUUCUUGGCCUGCUUGUUAUGGUUCCACACAUCGCCGCCAUUGACGCCUUCUUCAUCGCCGUAUCCUCGGUAUGCAACUGCGGUCUGCAAUCAGUGAACGUUGGCCAGUGGUCUACCGGUGCGACACUUUUCCGGCAUCUGCUGUUGCUCCCGGGCGGCGUUGUGAUUACCAGCAGCUUUCAGCCUCUUCUGCGCCUCUUUAUGUUGUACCGAGUGCGGCGUGUCUUUUAUCCCAAAGAGAAGGACACGCCACAAGAGGCACUAUUACGGGCGAAGAAGCGAGCUGAGGCGCGCCGCUUGUACUACGCUGCUCUCGUGAGCGCCGUCACACCCUUUGUGUACUUCGUCGUUGUCAACGUUAUCCUCAUGACGCUGCUGUGGUAUCUCAACGUCUCACACCUUUCUGCCUUCGACGUGUUCUGCAUGACACUUGCUUCGUUCCACAGCUCCAUCUUUUUGCCCAUGGAAGGGUACGCGGGUGACGCUGCGGUGACGGGCCUUGUGACAGCAACGUGCGCACUGGGGUUUACCGCCUUCCCUGUCCUGCUCCGGCCUUUUAUGCUGUGCGAAUGGUGCUUGGUGCGAGCCAUACGUCGACUUGCCGGCCCUUCAUGCGGUUGUGUUGCGUUCUGUCGCUCGCCGCCAGAUGUCAUUGGCGAGGAUCAAGAGAGGAACACUGCCGAAACUGACGACAUCUCGGCUGCCUUGCUUCACGCCCCUCCACGCCACCCUUCCUCUCUCUUGGGCUGCGUAGAUGAGGCGGACGCUGCAUUUCAGGAAAUAAUGACGUCCAAAGAGCCAGGCACCUUCCACCCUUUUCUCUUUCGUCCCAGCGAAACAUUUUUUUUGGGCUGUGCGUGGUGUGCCCUGACCCUGAUACAAGCGGUUCCGUUCUGGUAUGAGCAGUGGGACGGGGUGCUGCACGGCUACACAUGGCCAUACAAGCUAUACCUCUCUCUGUGCCAGGCCGCCGCUGUUCGCUUCGCCGCCGCUUCCUUUGUGCCGCUCCUCGAGUACAGCAACGCUCAUGUAGCGGUCACCAUCCUCGCCAUGUACCUCCCAGCUCUCCCGAUAUCGACUGAUCGCACACACCGCAAGUGGAAGCAGAUGUUCCGCACCUCGGUCGUCCGUCUGCUCACGUCGCGUCUCUUUUGGUUGUUCACUGGAAUGGUGCUGGUGCUCUUCGCAGAAGAAGCCAGGAUGCGGGCGCAGCUGCUCAACACUCGUUUUGACAUAAUGACGCGCACCUUCUUUGAAGUAAUCAGUGCCUACGCUGGGUGUGGGCUAUCGCUGUCGCUGCCCGGCUCGAGUGUAUCAUUUGUUGGCUUCACUAGCACCUUUGGGAAGCUCAUUAUUGCCGCGGUCAUCCUUGGCGGUCGGCACCGCUUCGUUGAUCUCGGCAUUGACUUGGGGUUCGGCUCGUUACAAUCUGCUCUCAAUCCAACCUCUCCUUCAAACGAACAGGCUUCUUCCGCACCAACAUAA